UAAGCCCAGAUGAGGUUCCGAACAUACAAAGUAUUGCACCAGAUGCAGAAAUAGGAUAUACAUUAGAAGUUAAUCUAGAAGUCCCAAUGCAUUUACAUGAUUUCUUUGCAGAUUAUCCUUUAGCACCAGAAAAGCAGUUAGUUCCAGAAGAAUGGCUUAGCUUGUAUAAUGAAAGAUUAGUGCAUGAUAAAGAAUUAUACAUGAAUUUGGGGAUGAAAGUUACAAAGAUUCAUGAUGCACUCAAGUUUAGGCAAUCCCCCUGGAUGAAAGCAUAUAUCGAGGAGAACAUACGUAAGCGCAAAAUAGCUAAGACCACUGGAGACGAAUUUGGGGUCAUGUAUUAUAAGCUAAAGAAUAAUGCUGUCUUCGGUAAGCAGAUGGAGAAUGUCCGUAAACAUAUGAGAGUAGAGUUACUCAAAACAGAAAAGAAUAAAAAAAUCAGGCGUCUAGCAAGUUCUCCAUUAUUUGAUGAGACAAAGGAAAAUCUAAUAGGCAAAUCAGUAUGUUUAAAGCCAAAAAUGUAUUCAGUUCUUCUAGCAGGACAUGAUCCUAAAACCCCUGAGACAGAUGCGGAUUAUGAAAAAGAGUUAGAAGAGGAACAAUAUAGAAAAUCUCAGGGUGAAAAGAAAUGGGAGAAAAAGCAUGGUAUCCAGAAGGCAAAGGAUGUUAAGAAAUGCGUGGUUAAGCGAGAACUUCAACAUGAUAAAUUCCUAGAAUUAAAUAAAAUAAGGCUGAAUCCAUAUAAUAACAAGCGCUGGAUCUUACUUGAUGGAAUUCGAACUCUCCCAUAUGGACAUUGGCGAAUUGGACUAUAUAAACACCUGAUAGCAUCUGAAAUAUCUCCUGAGGAAGCAGAAGAAAGGGUCAUGAAAGCUAAACUUCGUGUCAAGACAUAG